UGUUUCCAUUAUGGCCCUUGAAGAAUAGUUUCUAUCUUAGCUCAGGCGGUGAGAAGAAAGCCGCUUUACUUCGCUCAAAUUGUUGAAAGUCACCAGCGAGCCUCCUGAAGCUUAGAACUAGAACAUUUCAAAGGGUUUUAUCUUUUUCGUGCGUUUGAAAUUGACCCAAAAGUUUUAAUUAAUGUUGCACGAACCUUUCUGCUUUGAUAGUAUGAAUAUUUUACAAGUGAGUGGAGUUUGGUCAUCCGCCAAUUCUACGCCAAUGUGAAAAGCAAACCAGACAAAAUAUUGAAAUUGUCCAACAGCGUGUAAAGAUGUGGAAACUCCUCUCAUUUUCUUUCCACCAUUCCAAAACUACCUCGGUCCUUUUUGUCUCUCGCUUAAAUUACUCCAACUUAGUGGCUUUAUUGAUAUGCUAAUACGGACGAUUGCAAAUGAAUUCACCAACGACUAAAUUCACGAACGAGUGCGAAAUAAAUAUGUUUACCUAGUAUAAUCCUUAUAUGAACCGGCAGAAACGAAUUCAAGCAACGUUGACCAUCCAAGCUACCAUAUUUUUGUAUCGAAUUAACACGAGGAGAUAAAGAAAGUAGAAGAAACACUAUGAAGGUAGCACAUAAUUCAUAAAUUACUUAUAAGCUAAAAACAUCUCAAAGCGAGAAACGGCCGUUUAUGACCUGUCCGUAUUUUCUUUAGUAUUUCAAUAUUUAACACUCUUACAUGUACAUUUUUUCAGUUAUAGCUCUACCACUUCGCUAAAAUGCCAGAAUCUGCCAAUGAUGCCGUAACAACAGUACACUGCAUACUCGCCAUUGCAAAUAUUGUUGGAAACACCCUCGUUUGUGUCAUCAUAUUGAAAAAUAGAGAAUUAAGGAUUUCAAUAAAUUAUCUCCUUGUGAACCUAGCUGUGGCAGACAUAACCUUCGCGAUAUUCCUUUCACCAAAGUUCAUUCUAAGUCGUACUUUCACCCACCCAGACGGGGAGGCAGGUAAAGCUUUAUGCAGAUUGGUAACAGGUGGAACACUGGGCUGGUUUGGAGGAGUUUCCUCGGCGUUUACGCUGGUGGUUAUUGCUGUUGAACGAUACUUCGCUGUGAUGUAUCCCCAUGGGAACAAAGGAAGACUUACCAAGCGCAAACUAAAGGUGAUCAUACCUGGUUCUUGGAUUUUUUCACUUGUCUUCACCUUCCCCGGAUUCCUGGUAACGAAUUUUGACAAGAAAAUCCAAAGCUGUGGGGAGACCUUUCCUGGUGAGUGGAUGGCCAAGGCUUAUAGCUUGAUUUGGCUUUUAGCCACAACUGCUCUUCCUUUGGCACUGAUGGUUGGCUUGUACUCCAUGGUCGUGUAUACUUUGUGGUUCAAACGUAAUAAGGACAAUGAACUUACCCACCAACAAAAGGGUGUUAUGAAGGUACGGAAGAGAGUCACCUUGAUGGUCAUAACUAUCAGCUCAAUCUUUGGAAUCUCUUGGGGGACGAGUUCAGUUUCCUACGUUUUAAAGCAUUUUACCUCCCAAAAUAUUGGUAACGUCGCCAUUACUAACACAAUGGCUCUCUUCAAUUCUGCAGUAAACCCCUUUGUUUAUGCUUUGUUUAACCAACAAUUUCGGGAGAAAGUUAAGACAAUGAUGUGCUGUACCUUUCGUUUUGCAAGCAGGAUUGGUGCCACAAGAGAAACUGAGAAUGCUGAGGGCCCCAAAACUAUCAACCAUACAAGAAACGCUGAAGUCGCAUUGUCUUAGGAGGGCGAAUUGUAAAGGAUAUCUUAGUGCCCGUACAUGUAAAUUUGACAUUCUGUGCAUGAAAAUUGAGAUCGCGGUGCUAGUUCAACACUGCGCUUGUUUGUACUCGGCAAUCUUUUUUGGCGGACAUUUCAUUGGAAACGCGAAAGGCACAGUGGCCUCAUGGUUAUUGUGCUCGAAUUUGGUCUAGGUACGAGCCCUGGCCGGGGACAUUGUGC